CAAAAUUAAAUUCCUUUUCUGGUUAUUUUAUGUGAAAUUCAUGAAUGUUCUACUUUUACUCAUAUUUCUCAUCCACACCACAAAGUGCAAUAUGGAGAACCGGGUUAUUACCAGUUUGAAAUACUCCAUUUACCGCGUCAAGCCAGUCGUGGUCAACGGAGAGCCUGCUACCAACGAUAGAGUGCCUUACUUGGUCUCGAUCAAACAGCCAAGUGGCAGAAUCGGGACAGAUAUAUUUUGGACUAACAUGUGUGGGGGCAGCAUCGUUGGGGAACAAAAAGUUUUAACCGCAGCUCACUGCUUUGAAGGUAACAGCUUCUACUAUGUCUACAAUGCACACCAACUACGAGUCGUAGCCGGCAGCCAGAAUUCUAAUCUCCAACACAGCGGCGCGACAGACACAACUCCCGACUUGCAAGUCCGGAAAAUCACAAAAGCUAUCUUGAACAGAGGCUUUCACUUCCCAACACACGAUAUAGCGAUCGUUUUCGUGGACGUGCCGUGGAAUUUUACGGACACCGUAAACUUCAUUAUUCCAGCAAAGAAGACCACCGAUUACCCUUAUACGUGCAUAUCGGCGGGUUACGGUAGGAUCGGCCACGACACAUGGUCCCUGGAAUCUGACGUUCUUCUGAUAGCAAGUAUUAGAGUGUUAUCUAGGUGGAGAUGUUCAACCCUGUGGCAAAUGAACAUGAAUACUUUUGUGUGCUCUGAUAGUGCGAUUACUGAUGUGGCAAGAGGCGAUUCUGGGGGGCCUUUAGCUUGCUACGACACGAUGGAUCCCGAAGAAGUUCCAGGAAAGGAUUUACUGGUUGGCAUCGUGAGUGGAAAGAAUUUUGACAAAACAACGCUUUUUACUAGGGUGUCAGAAUAUCGGGACUGGAUUGACUCAAACUUUGCUUACAGAUUAUCUUCUACAUUUUCAAUACUUUUCACAAUUAUAUCGAUGGGUCUUUCCCUCAACAUAAACAUGCCUUCAAUAAGUUAA